AUGGACACCCUAGAUUUCAUCCUCGAAAACGUCGGCAUCUGGAAAGAUCGCCUCGUUAACAAUUCAAUCAAAUCCUUCGAAGACAUGACGAUCCAGCGCUGGGUCCGCAUCAUCGCCAUCGUAGGCGGCUACAUGCUGAUCCGCCCAUACCUUCUCAAAGGCGCAGCAAAUAGACAAAAGGCAGCAAUGGCAAAGGAGGCAGAGGAAUUGGGCUUGGAGACUAGUGCAGAAGCGAAUGCAAAUGACUUUAGAGGGGGCAAGAAGACGGCCAAGCAAAGUAAGACGGUGGAUGGAGUUGGCAAAGAUUAG